UAAGCAGAGAAAGCCGGAAGGAUAAUGAAAUUAACAAACAUGACUUUGGUUGGUCGUCAUCUUUUCCCUCCACCGGAUCCUGGGCUCAACAUCAGAUCCUCAAGAACCACCAUUGCCAACCAUCAAGUCCCUACAAUUUCUUCACAAAAUCCCAAUACAAAGCCAGUUCUUUUAUCCAACUUACUUUCUUUAGCUCUUACUGUAACCUUGACUUCUCCAUUACCUUCUUUAGCCAUCCCUUCUGUCAACUCCCAGUCUCCCCUUCUUCCUCCUACCACCCCAUUUUCUCAGUCCAAGAACUUGCAAGUAGGACUAGAAGAUGGGAAAAUUAGGCCUUGUCCAUCAAUAAAUCCAGGUUGUGUGUCGACAAACCCUAAAUCGUCAUCCUUUGCGUUCCCGUGGACGAUUCCUGAUAGUUUUAAAGGGAAAGCAGUUCAGGAAUUGCAGGAAGCUAUCUUGAAAACACAGAAAAAUGCCAAAAUUCAAGUUGUUGAAGAUACCCCUUAUGGUCAAUAUUUGCAAGCUGAAGUUGAUGGGGGGUUUGGACGAGAUCUGCUAGAGUUUUUGGUAAAAGGAGAUGUGGUUGCUUACAGGUCUGUUGCCACAAAAGUGACGUAUGUAUAUCCCUUCACAACAGCUUUAGGGGACUCAAAGGGACAGGAAGAAAGAAUGCAGAAAAUUUUGGAUGAAUUGGGCUGGUAUGCUCCAAGUUUCAGUUCCAUGGAUUAGACUCAUCUCAUAUUUCAGGUUCAAAGAGAUCAGGAGUUUAAGCCCUUUUCAGCACAGUACUAUGUUAAUCCAUGUUUUGCCAACUCAUAGUUGAUCUUACUAAAAUUUACUGUCUGAUACUUGGCAAUCUAUUAGCUGAGAAAGGCAAAUUUCACAAUCAUAAAUUCUUCAUAAUCCAACUUUGUGAUAUAUGAUUGCUUCAACCAUUCGUUAUUUUGUUUA